GCACGGGCUUGUGUACGAUGGAGCUACGUGUUGGUAAUAAGUACCGGCUAGGACGGAAAAUCGGGAGCGGCUCCUUUGGCGACAUUUACCUAGGUACCAAUAUUUCCACGGGUGAGGAAGUCGCUAUCAAGUUAGAAUGCAUAAAAACACGACAUCCGCAAUUGCACAUAGAAUCCAAGUUUUACAAGAUGAUGCAAGGAGGCGUUGGAAUACCAACUAUAAAGUGGUGUGGUUCGGAAGGUGACUAUAAUGUUAUGGUGAUGGAGUUACUUGGACCAUCACUGGAAGAUUUAUUUAAUUUUUGUUCAAGACGUUUUUCUUUGAAAACAGUUCUGCUCCUUGCCGAUCAAUUGAUAAGUAGAACAGAUUAUAUUCACAGUCGCAACUUCAUUCAUCGUGAUAUUAAGCCAGACAACUUUCUGAUGGGUUUGGGAAAGAAGGGAAACCUCGUCUAUAUCAUAGAUUUCGGAUUAGCUAAAAAGUAUCGCGAUGGGCGCACACACAAGCACAUACCCUAUCGAGAAAACAAAAAUCUGACGGGAACUGCCAGAUACGCGAGUAUAAAUACGCAUUUAGGAAUUGAGCAGUCACGACGGGACGAUCUUGAAUCUCUGGGCUAUGUUCUCAUGUACUUUAAUAGAGGUAGUCUACCUUGGCAAGGCUUAAAAGCAGCAACCAAGAGACAGAAGUAUGAACGCAUUUCCGAGAAGAAAAUGUCUACUCCUGUAGAAGAACUUUGCAAAGGUUAUCCCGUGGAGUUUGCGUCGUAUUUAAGGUACUGUCGAGACUUACGCUUCGAGGAAAGGCCGGAUUAUUCGCAUCUCCGACAACUUUUCCGGACACUGUUUCAUGGUCAAGGCUUUACCUACGAUUAUGUUUUCGAUUGGAAUAUGCUGAAAUUUGGUAACGCGAGACAACCGACAUUACCUUCUGCACAGCAAGCACCUAUGCAUUCGCAACCGUCUAAUGCAGCGUUACCUUCCGGGACCAAUAAUGAUCAGGAACAUCGAUCGAGACCUUACACGCGGCAAUGUUUGCCGAAUGCGUCCGUAACGGCGGUAGGGCCGACGCUUGGACCGAAUGCUAGUCUGCGAGCUAUCCGACAGAAACGCGAGAUGGAGACUCGUGGUGACCAGGACAAUCAGGACAAGAGUGAUCUUCAAGCAUCGGGUGCGGGUGGACAAGAACGAAGGGUCAGCAUGCGGUUGCAUCGUAGGGAUACGCUACUAGCUGCUGCAGGAGAAAUGCAGCCCAAGUCCAACGCCAAUGCGACGGCAAUCGUCCCACCCACUCUGAUGGUCAGGCGGGCAAGCGUGCAACACAACAAGUGAAUCAGCAGCAGCAAUAGCGGAUUCAUCGUCAUCGAAACGACCAGUAGCGUUCAUCGAAAUCGGCGACUGGCGAUUACCUUUGUCUGCACAGCGCUUUCCCAUUACCGCAAGCCGGAAAUGAAUUUGCGUAUGGUAUCGCACGGCUAUUCGGCGAACGGUAACCGAUUUUUCCAUAUCACGACAUCAUAAAGAUCAUCAGUAAUAAGACUGGCGUGUACUGAAUGGUGGUGCCCAUGACAUAUGCAACGUCUGCAGAAAUGUAUGGAAACAACCGCGUUCCAAGUGCCGAGUGGAAACGAAAGGAUAA